GGGGAUAUUUGUCAGAGUUUCAGUUAAGAAGCUCUCUCUUCUCUCUAUCUGAUUUUCUCUCUUACACUCUCUUGCCACUCAGAAACGCACGCACGAUCGAAUACUAGAGAAUUAUAUAUAUUAGAUAAAAUAAAAUAAUAUAGAAACAGUGAAGAGAAAAGCAUUCAAGUUGGAUAGCUUUAGCGAAUGUGAUUUUUUUAUUGAUUCAUUUUACUGGAAAAUUGAGCGGCAGAAGAUUUUACAAAUAUUGUUGAAAUGCAAGACGUUCACUCGAUCGGAGGCGGGGGAAGGUUUUUCGCGGGAAGCGGCGGUGGCGGCGCCGCUGGAGACCGCAGGCUGAGACCACAUCAUAAUCAUAAUCAGACUCAACAACAGGCUUUGAAGUGUCCGCGUUGCGACUCGCUCAACACCAAAUUCUGCUACUACAACAACUACAACCUGUCUCAGCCGCGCCAUUUUUGCAAGAACUGCCGACGUUACUGGACCAAAGGCGGUGUCCUACGCAACGUUCCUGUCGGCGGCGGUUGCCGGAAGACUAAGCGUUCAAAGCAGAAGUCUUCGUCGGCGUCAGUGACAACGGCUCCGGAGCCGCGUCCGCCGUCUCAGGAUCGGAAAUCAAACUCUCACUCAAGCAGCGAGAGCUCAAGUUUGACGGCAACGAACACUAACGCCGCCACUGAAGCGGUUUCAGCGCCAUCGGCGAGUUUUGGUUCAAAUUUGCUCAACGUUAACCAGGAAUCGAAAUUCUUUGUUUCGCAGAGUACGAAUCCGAGCUUUGAGGCGCCGGCGUUAAUCGAGCAAAGCGGUUCGGAUUGGGGAAUUUUCUCGGAUAUUGGGAGCUUUACAAACUUGAUCACGUCGUCAUCAAACGGAGGUGGUGCAAUGGCGGCUUUCGAAUACAAUUCCAUCUCCGAUAUCUCGAUCUCUCCGUUCAGAUUGAAUCAACAAGGUCAAGAUCAUCAUCAUCAGGCUCCGCAGAGCCAGACAUGGCACCAGCAAAACACUAAGACGAUGAACGUGCUUACUGAUCAGGAUCAAGUGAAGGUGCAGGAGAUCACCGGUGGGUUACUCGACGAGACGUCCCAAGCUGAUCUAUGUGUUUUACAAGAUAGAUCCGACGGUGGAGUAUUCGGAUCCAUGGGAGAUUGGCAAUCCUGCGGUGAUCAAGGCCUCUUUGAUCUUCCUAACACCGUUGAUCAAACAUAUUGGAGUCAGAGUCAAUGGACCGAUCAAGACCACACUAGUCUCUAUCUCCCGUAAAUCUCUCACCUUUUAAUUUUUUUUAAUUAUUAUUAAAAAAAAACUCUCAACGUCUUAAAUUACAAAUCUAUAAGAUAAAAAAAUCAGAGUUUUUUUUAAGCAAAUUAUGAAUAUGACUGUUUUUGUAUGUAAAUUUUCAAAAUAUUUUUUGUUUAUUUUUUCUCGGUGAAUUUGGGGUUGAUCUUGGUAAGUACUUUGUGUAAGUUGUAACUAACUUUCAACGUUUUUUUUUCGCCUUUAUUUCUAAGUUUAUUAUUAUUUUGAAUUUUGGGAGGGGAGAGUUUUGUUGUCUAAUGUAAUGUAUUUUGAUUUAAAAAUUAUUAUAAAUGUUAAUCAAAUAUAGAGAAGAAUAUAUAUAUCAUACUUUA